UGACUGCUCUUGUACCGAAGCCGUGACGCGUAUACAAUUGAAGUCACACUUCCCUGUGUACUGUUGCAACAGAGCUUGCAACAAUCAACACAUUGCACCUGUAACCGUUCGUCUUGCAAGUAACUACAUCAUCAUGAUCAUGUGAAUGUAAAAUCGAAGCUCUACCCGGAUUCUCUUGGCACGUGAUAUCGUCAUUGACGUCAUCAGCACAGCAAAACUUUUGACCAAAUACUUUUGGCCAAGUUCGGCCUAUAUAUCCGGCUCACACGUGUCUGUACUACCCACUCGUAUUUCCUGCAAGUUGAGAAGUAUAGUUUUUCAACUUUGUUGACAAUGCCGAACAGCUGCGCUGCCUAACCCAUGCCAGAGCUCGUCGGUUCCAGAGUCGGUCUUUAUGCAUCUUAUUGUUAUACAGCAAGCUGCGGGAAAAUUAAAAAUCAAUUAAGUACAAUCUUCCUACUUCAUUGUGUCGUGUCGUGAUUAUACCUGACUGCUACAUCCAGGACUGAAUAGUAUAUAGAACUUGUGUAAACUUUUAGAAGUUCAGGAUGCCAAACGAAACACAGCCAAUCCUGCAAGGAGGAAACAACACGAUGUAUACCCAGGGCCAACCGCAGGGAUAUCCUCCCCAGCAGCAAGGGGGUUACCCCCCUCAGCAACCUGGCUACCCCCCUCCUCAACAAGGUUACCCUCCCCCUCAGCCACAACAGCCUGGAUACCCCCAGCCCCAGCAGCCAGGUUACCCUCCUCCACAACAGGGUGCCGGUGGUGGUUACCCCCCUCCGCAACAGGGUGCUGGUGGUUACCCUGCACCUCCUCAGGGAUCUUACCAAGGUGCACCUGGUGGACCUCAAGGGACAGACGAACCCUCCUACAAGGGAGACAUACCAGAUGAUGAUGUCGAGGUCAACCCUGACAAUGCUGCCGGUGCAGCACCAAUUGCCUCGGCCCCUCCCUUGGAGAAAAUGGAUCAGGUAGCAGGUUACAACCAGAUGGAUGCGCCUCUACCCCCUCCCCCACCCCCUUCUUAUGAUGAGGCUACCCAGCCAACUGAACGUGCUGGCAUUGAACAAACACCUACAUUAACCGAUGAAGAAGCAAGAGAAGCCCUUCUCUCGUAUGUGGCAGAGAACUGUUGCUAUGGCAAGAAAGCUGCCAAAAACCUUCAUGUGAAUGACCUCAGACACACUGCUGCAUUCCAUUACACCCUGGAGACUUUUACAGAGAAGAGAACAACUAAAUGGGUGAAUGAGCCAUUCUCAGGUCAGCCUGUCGAUGGCCCUCAGAACGGACCUGCCCCUCUCCCAUGGAGCAUUGCUGUUAACAUCCCCGCCAUGUUUACAAACAGCAUCGCUAAGGUUGAAGUUCCACAUACUGCAUCAGUAAAGCCAUGCCACGACUGUCAUUCCAUGGGAUUCCGCAGAUGUCAUACCUGCUUGGGACGUGGAAGGACCCGAUGUCAUCAUUGCCAUGGCCACGGCCGUCGUCAUGUCAACCAUUAUGAUCACCAUGAGAAGAGACAUAUCUCACGCUGGGAAUCAUGUACCUUCUGUCAUGGGAGGGGUAGACAGAGGUGUUUUACAUGCCAUGGUCAUGGACAGAUCACAUGUUGUACCUGUAAGGGACGUGGAAGCCUCAAAUUUUUUAUCCAACUCACUGUUAAUUGGAUAAACCAUAUGAAUGACAACAUUGUGGAACGUACUGCCCUACCUGAUGAGCUCAUUCGUAACGUAACAGGUCAAGUGGCAUUCAAAGAGGAAAAUGCAAGGAUUUGGCCUAUCAAUCACUUCCCAGACCAGGCCAUCAACCAAGCCUCUAGGGAGCUUGUCCAGCAACAUUCUGGUGCCUUCCAACAAGAACGCAUCCUGCAACAGCGCCACCAGGUUCGCAUCAUUCCUGUUGCUGAGUCCUUGUGCCGCUGGAAGGAGAAGAACUUUUCUUUCUUCGUCUAUGGCUUCGAACGUAAAGUCCACGCCCCAGACUACCCCCAGCAGUGCUGUUGCGGCUGUACCAUUUUGUAAAAGGGGUAUCCUUCUACACAUCAGAGAUAACUACGCAUUAAAUUGCCAAACUAGAUGUUUUAAAUGUCCCAUUUGCAGGAUAAAAAAUAUAAAAGGUUAAAUUCCAACGGCAUUUGAAAGACAGUACUAAUUUAGAACUUUCCUCAAAACGAAAGGGCUUGAAAAUGGCUUUUAGUGGGAAAAUAACAACCAUUACUUGUCAAUGAUUGACAAUGAUUUGUGAAUAACCAUU